AUGGAGAAAUGGAAUCACACUUCAAGUGACUUCAUUCUGUUGGGGUUGUUGCCUCCAAACCAAAUAGGGCUCCUUCUCUUGUUCCUCAUCAUCCUUCUGUUCUCUUUUACUUUGUUUGGUAACUCAGGAAUGAUUUACCUCAUAUGUAUGGAUCCCCGGCUCCACACCCCCAUGUACUUUCUCCUCAGCCAACUUUCUCUCAUGGACUUAAUGUCUAUCACAACCAUUGUCCCCAAGAUGGCAUUCAACUUCCUCUCUGGCCAAAAGAGCAUCUCCUUCCUUGGAUGUGGGGUGCAAAGCUUCCUCUUUGUGACUAUGGCAAGUGCUGAAGGCUUACUACUAUCCUCGAUGGCCUAUGAUCGCCUGGUGGCCAUCUGCCACCCCCUCCACUAUCCCAUCCGCAUGAGUAAAAGGAUGUGUGGGAAGAUGAUCAUGGGAUCAUGGAUACUGGGCUCUCUCCACUCCUUGGCACACACAGCAUAUGCCCUUCAUCUUCCUUACUGCAGAUCUAGGGCCAUCAACCAUUUCCUCUGUGACAUUCCAGCAAUGGUACCUCUGGCCUGUGUUGAUACUUGGGUGUAUGAGUACAUGAUUUUUGUGAGUACUUGCCUGUUCCUCCUCUUUCCUUUCCUUGGUAUCACUGCUUCCUAUGGACAUGUGCUUUAUACAGUCUUUCAUAUGCGCUCACAAGAGGGAAGGAAAAAGGCCUACACCACAUGUUCGACACAUUUAACUGUGGUAACAUUUUACUAUGCCCCUUUUUUCUUCACUUAUUUUCAACCUUCUCAUCUUCGCUCUGCUACUGGGGAUAAGAUUCUGGCUGUGUUCUACACCAUUCUCACCCCUAUGCUCAACCCCAUCAUCUACAGCCUGAGGAAUAAAGAAGUACUGAGGGCUAUCUCAAGAGUUUUUGGCAUGUAUAGUAAUCAAAACAGCUUGUUUCCUAACUGCUAUACUCUCAUGAACAAUGCUGGUUAUAUUGAGUUUCCCUAUAUUACAAGUCUUCCCACUGAAAAUUUUCAUAACUUGAUCUGUAGAUCAGCAAAAUCAAAUGAGAGGAAAGAAAACUUAGUCUCUACUGACUUGGACAUGGGAGAUCAAUUACGUUCUUAUAACUUGAGAAACUUCUACUUAGGAAUGAAAAUAGGUGUCAGUGGCCAUCAUCCAAACACCUUUAUAGUUCUCUGGAUUCUAGUCCAAGUGGAAAUUAAUCUAAAUGAAGACCGGCUCUUCCUUCAACAAGAUUCAGCAAUGGAAGAUGAAGAAACAGAAGACCCUUUGUGUGAAAAAGAUUUGCUAUUGGAAACGUACCACUUUCAAGACUACUGCGAUCUUCUUCCUGAUGAUACUUGA